CUCAUUGGCAGCGGUCGUCAUUCUUCCCUUAUACUUCGUCUCAGCAUCCUGGGCCUGCGAUCACAUCGUCUCACGGGAACCAAGUCAUGUCACUCAAUCGAGCGUGUGAGCUCUUCUCGCGUGUCGUGUCGUCCCGUGCCGAACAGACCACUGGGGCAGCUCCGGUGGGCCGACUCGUCAGGGUAAAACAGCUGCUGGAUGCGCUGGAGCUGGACGCUCUCCUUCUUAUCCUUGGUGAGUACUGUUCCUGUACAAAAACAGCCACACACACAAGGGAUCUGUCCGAUCUAUUCCUUCUGCAGGUUACGAUGGGCACGAAAACGACGGGAGCAGGGCGUUGGCGAACUAUCUGCUCAAUGGCAAAUGCGGCCGACGUGUCAGCGAGUCCCUCGACAUCCAAUACGACGACGUCUUUUGUGUCAUCUCGGCCACCCGCAUUGUGGUCUUCUGCCCCUCCUCGCUCCACGACCCCCUCACACAGCGGCUUGCACUGUGGCCUGGGUGUGAAAUCGUAUCCCCUUCAGCGGAGGUAGAGGCCGAUUCGUCGGCCUUUGAGGCGCUCAAGGUGGCUUGCUUCCUCGAUGCUGUCCGCGGCGUCAAAGCGGUGGGAAUCCCGAUACAUCCGGACCAAGUAUCUGAGAUAGGUAUGAGGGGCGCAAGGACACACACCCGGCAGAUAUGAUGACCAAUUUUCUCUCUACAAUGUUCUAAAUCGUCAGAGCAGUGGCCCUUGAUCCAAUCGUAUGCUUAUGACGACUUCCAUCUCGGAUUCUUUUCUGCCACGAAACAGCCCAAAGGGGUCCUUCCCGCCCUCCGCGCCACGCUUUUCGCCGAGUGGGACCUCUCAUCCCUCUCCACAACCAUCAAUGGCCCCCUGCCCUUCUUCACACACGCAUGGCAGCAGACACUCGCUGCCCUCGACAGCAAGGCCCCCGAGAAGCGGGCGGCAUGUCGGCUGAGCCAGCUGGUGGAGCCGCUGACGAGCCAUUUCGCCUAUGCGCUUAUGGAAGGCUUGCCUGAGGGCGUUGUGAAUGAGCGGAUGACGGCCCUCUCUAAGCGUGUGGCCGUUAAUGGUGCUGCAAGGGCGGUGUAUGAGAAGUCGGCUUGCAUUGGGGAAGGAGAGGCGACAGAGAGGGGAGAGACCAUCACAGUCGGCAGCAUCCCUGGUCCAACGCAUCUGGUCUUGCACGCCAGCGACCCAGCGACGGGCUGCCAGGCCACACGGACAUACUUCAUCGACAAGGAAGCCGAGAUCGAUGGCAUCAAUGGAGACAAGAAAGGAGGAGACACGAGGACGGUGAGGGAGUGCGCUUACCUGGCGCUGAUCAGCGCGCUGGGUGCGUCCAUUGCGUACCUGACAAAGGAUCCACUCGCCCAAGAGAAGACCCUCCUUGGUUCGACUGAGGACGAGACACGGGAGUGCCUGAGACACAAGGCACACGAAAAGGUGGUGGAGGAGCUCUCCACACAGCUGGCAGCGACCGGGGAGGACCCUGCCAAGCCUGCCGACCUCUGCAAAGAUUUCUCACUUGAGGCAAGUGAAGCAAUAUGGCACCACAAUGCGCCAGUGUAUCCACCUAUGAAUGUCUAUAUGCCUUUCUUCUUCAGCUGGAGGUCUUUGAUGCGUGUGGUCUGCGGGUCUUCCUCUCUCCCACCACCAAGCGGCCCCCCGCCACAUUGCUCGUCUUCAUCUCACUCACGCUGGGCAAUGCAGAUGACUGGACUGUCAGCUAUGGUGAUUCGUUCUUCAUCACGCAGCCGACAGAGGGGCGGGGAAUGAGGGCCGUUGGUCAUAGGAUCACGGCCUCCAUCCCAUGUCUCGAUCGGUGGACGCUCACCCGACGCUCGCCACAUAUCUCUGCGGACCGUGGCCUCGGCAACACCAUCGAUGAGGAGGCGACUGGAGGUAUCCACUGGCCGUGCCUGCAGCUGCUCUAUGGCACAACAACAAGCAGCCGCUCGCCCGCCCCCGUGUUCCUCCCCCUGACCAUCACCGGAUCCGUGCGUGCGCAUGAGCGGGGCUACAUCGUGUCAAGCCACAAGACAGGGCAGCAUAUUAUCCGUCUCGAUGAGCUGUCGGACAUCCGGAUGGUCACGAUGACUCAAUCCAGCUCUGCAGCCCGCCACGGUAAUGUGUGGGUGAUCGGCUCAAGCGGCCACAGCGACCCCCUCUCUCUUCGUUAUGUGGCCGUCUCUGUGCCGAUCGGCAUAGCGCGGCAGUGGCAGGCCACACAGACAGAGGAGGGAAGGCAGCAGUGGGAGAUUGUGGUGGAAGAUGACGUACUUGCCAAGACCACAUCUGCCCGGGAGAGUGGGAGCCGACUGGUGACCAGGGCGUUGGUGCGUGGCAUUCAGGACGGGCUGGCAUCAGUGGAGGAGAGGGACUACGGGAAGGCACCCACACUCACAGAAGUGCCGCGCUUCAGGGAUGAGAAGCUGAGGGAAAGCUUUGAGGCCCUCUGUAUGGCGACCCUGCUCGGAGACAACCACUCCCACACGCUUGUGGCAAGGUGAGAGAGCAGAGAGCCACUGAGUCACCGUACCUCCAUUGUCCUGUCAUUCAUUUGUUAGGGCGCGCCGUCAGUGGGUGUCGUUGAUGAACAACGAGCUGCCUACUGCCCAAUCCGGCCUCUCCAACCGCAGGAACCUCCUCGUUAUCACCGCCCUCCCUGGCAGCAACAGCACCAGCCACCUCUCCCUCGCACCCUUCGCCGAGCGUGUCGCAUCGGAGCUGCAGAAGCGGACCCGCAGCGAAACAGUGCCGGUGGUCUCUCUCGAUGACUGUGGCGAUGUGAGCAUCAAGCGGGCAGAAGGGGAGCUCAUGAAGAUGUCAGCAGACGAGGGAUCGUGGGUGGUGAUGUGUCUGAGCGGUCCGGCGUUCCCUUGCCGCAUACUGCCUGUGCUGAUGGACAACCAGGAGGUGACGAAGCGGGUCACGUGUCGCGCUGUUGUGGCGCUCGCUGAUGCGUCGAGCUUCCAUGUGGGUGGUGACGCCAGCGAACCAUGUGCAACGGGUGAGAAUUGCGCUCUGGUGUGGGAGCCGAUCCGUGUGUGGCUCCGUGUGUGUGUGUGCAGCCCUCCGUCACCCGUGGCUGCCUCUGCCCUUUGUGCCCGGCUGGUGCCAGAUUGUCGUGGCAGCGCCGGAACAACUGUCGGCUACCGUUGAUGAGCUCAAGAGCAAACAGGUGAGAUCGGAUCAGUGCCGCACGAUCGUGUCUGUGCCUCUCAUCCUAUGGAUGGAUGCACGCCUGCAGGCGACGGAGCUGAUGCUGUCGGCCGUCCGCUCCCUGUGUGCUGGCGUGCCCAUCAUCCGCGCGACCAACCCCUCACACACACUGGUGUCUCAGCUCAUGGCCGACGGUUCGUCUGUGCCGCACUUUCACGACCCCCAGCAGCUGCUGGAGCGUCUUCUCGCCCCGUCCAUCACCACAUCACCCAAUGAGACACAAGCAAAGGUCGUGGUCAGAAGAGUCGCGAUCCCGUUUGAGUUCCCCAUUCUGGUCCAGACAGCGAAGGAGCGACUGAUGGACAUCGUGAAAAGGUGAGAGGGCAGGAGCACAUGCAUUCAGCAUUGAGUGAUGAAGUGUUGCGCAGACCGGUCCGAAUGAUCGUAUCCCAUCCCUCCACUCGGCCUGUCUCGCCAGAGGAGCAAGACAGCCAGGACGAGGAAGAGGCUGUCCUGCUGGCAACAUGCGAGAAAUACAAGGGCACGUACGGUGCUUUCAAGGCCGACCUCAUAUCCCACAGCAGCGACACAGUAUACAACCAAAUGCAGCAGCUGCGCCCAUCAUCCCAAUGCAGCGGGCUGCUGUCGCUCAUCGAGACAUCCCAGCAGCCCUUCCCCCCUUCCGGCCUGUCGGUGACGUGGCUGUCCGCGGCCGAGGGCUGCCACCCUGGAGGUGGCUGCAAAGGAGAGGCGAUCGUAUGGCUGCUGAGCAGCGAGAGAGAAGCGGACCGCACGGCGAGUGACCUCGAGAGGGCCGUCACAGAUGCGGUGGACCGGUGCAGGUUAAAAGAGAAGCUCACUCAGACUGCUAGAAGCCUCCCACCGCAUAUUCCCCUUUGCAUGGCAUGGAUGCGUCCAGGCUUCCCUUGCCAUCUCCCCCAACCCCGGUCAAGGCGACUGAUCUGUCGGAGGCCGAGCACUGUCUUGUCGCAUCCAAGUGCGACACCACCGAUCUGCCCGAGGGCUGGUGGUGGGACGGUUCGCGAUACGUUGACCUCUUUGAUCACCGCUCGACAAGGCACCCCAAGUAGGGCAGACAUGCAGGCACUUGAUGUCUGUCUGCUUUUCUGUCUGUCUGUCUGUCUGUCUGUAGGUAUGACGAGUAUGCUGAAGCCUAUCUGUGUGAGAGGAACGGCUCUAUUGCGGUUGAGCAAAAGGCGCUGGUGCGCUUGCAAAGAAUGCGAGACAAAGGGAUCAUCUGAACCGAGUCACCUCACACGACCGUGUGUGUGCAGCAUGAUGCUGUGUGAAUGUGUGCAUGAGGGUGAGUCAACACGUGAACACGUGCUGCCUGUAAGUCCAUUCAGUGACACACAUUCAGACAGUCAGUCCAUCGCAUACAAAGGCACAGA